CGUCAUUGUAAAUGACACAGCAAAAAAAAAAAGGCGGCUGUAGUAGAGAAAAAAGGAGUGCAAAGUGUUCUCUCAGCUUGUUGGGAGAACACUGACCAGAAAUCUGAGGCUUAGAUGAAGGCUUUUUACUUGGCCUAUUCUAAUGGGAACAGAGCAAAAGUGUAUCCUUUUAUCUGGUUGAGGCUUUUAUAGUGCAUAAGCUGUCUUUGCUGUCAGUACUUUGUAAUGUUUCUUUAAGAAUUAGAUUGACAGAGUUGAACUCUUGAGUGACUUAAGAUUCUUGUGUGUUAAAGCUGAUAUGGUAUUUCUCUUCUAGACAUUUCUUAGAAAAAAAGACAGUUAAAAAGACCUGUCAGAUGAUUCUGUUCUGAAAGCAAAAUGCCAGAACAGUCCAAACCUGAAAUCAAAGAUGGAAGAGAAAAACAAGUUUGGUAUUUGAAAAUAUCAAAACUAGCAUUGGCUUUUGCAAUUAUCCACUCAAAACCACGAGGGAAGAGUUGCAGAGAAUACACUGAGCACCUUGCCAAAACUGUAUCUGAACAAGAUUUUGGAUGGAAAUCAAAAGUUGAAGCACUGGAAGCUGAAGUUCUUCGAUUACGUCAGGAACUUCUUUUGCACAAGAUCUGUCCAAGAUUCUGCUUGGAAAACGGAAAACCAGAUGCCUCUGCUGAAACUCUUUUGGAUCAGGAAUGUAUAAACCCUAUGAGUUAUUCAAGCCAGCUAGAAGACUCUGGAUGUGAUGUCUCUAAUGACUAUGCAUUUGACUCUUUAGGUGUAGCUUCUGAUUUUCACCAGUCAGAGCAUAAUGUCAGCGCUUCUAAAUACUGGUUGGAAAGAGUUCCCCCAUUGAAUCUUUGCUGUACUAGCAAGGGAGAAUCUCUGAGGGCUCCAGUGCAGUUUUUGCAACAUCUGCUUGAAAUAAGAAAACUGUCAGAAGGAGGAGUUCUUCAAGCAGACUUCACAGAGCUUGAGAAUGAUUCUUUUACCAUAUGCAAUUCGGUGUCUGAGUUGCUUGAUGGACUGAUUGUUUUUUACAACAGUCCUGAAUUUCCAUUUUCGAAUUUUCUUACUGAAGCUGUUUGUGUUUUGAUCAAUUUAAUAACUGAUACUAAAUUAUCUAAUCACAUUUUGAAGAAGUGUUUCAAGAAGCUGGAAGAAUUUAAGAAAAAUCUAAUUCAGAUUAUUUUAAGAAACAGCAGCAUCAAUAGGUUUCAGAAACUGCAUGCCAUAUCACACACGCUGGUUUUGCUAGGAAGGAACAACAUACUAAGAAAUUCUUUAAUAGCUCUUCUACUAUCAGAAGUACGUCAGUUUGCUGAGCAGCUGUUGCAAGCUUAUCAGAUCCAGGCCAUGUAUGACAUUACCAAGUUUGAGAAUAUUUUUCCUUUGUGCAUGAUUCUGGAACAACUUCUUCAAAAUGAGACAGAAGAAAGUAACGUUUCAAGCUCUGGCUAUGAUGGAGAAGAGAAAAACAAAUUUCUGAAGAACCUUGAUCUAAUUAUUCUUCAUCUCUCAGAUGAAUUCCCUUUGUUUUCUUUAUAUUUAUGGAGAGUGAGUGUUGUUUUGAACUCAGCUCAAAUACAAAUUGAUUAAAACAAGCAGCCUACUUUUUAACAGUUUAUUUGUUGUGGGAUGGCAUUAGAAAAUUUUGGAGUCAGACAGGAAAAUUGCAGUUAUUGGAAAACAUUUACUUUAAACUACUAUGCUAUACAGCAGCUUCAAGGAUAAUGACAUUUAUUUCCAGUGCUAAAUAUAGGAAAAAUGUAAUCAUCCAAGUGCUGUUUUGAAUAAAUGCUGUUUCUCAUGGUGGAAAACAAUGUGUUGGUGUUUGCAUACACAGUGAAAAUGGCAACAAAAAAAGUAGUUUCAGGUGAUCUUUAAAAUAAGUGCUAUGAAUUUUAAAGUCAAUACAUAACAUAUACAUAGAACCUACAAGUUAGGAAACUUUUAAGAGUAGUAUAGUUUCUGUGUGCUCUGGAGACAAUGGCUGCUUGGCAGAAAUAAAAAUGUUUAUUUUUUAAACUUGUUAACUUAUCUCAAGAAAUUUUUAUAUAAUAGACAUGUUUCUGAUUUAGUCAAAAAAGCCGUUACCUGGGCAAAAUAGAAUCUGGUGCUCGGUUUUACAGCUUUCUUACAUCUGUUGUAGACUACUUGACUUUGUGUUUGCACAAAUGUAGGCACAGUAGGCCUAAUUCACUCCAAGUUGACUAAUGAUUUCAAAGAUUUAAUCUGAAUAAAUUUAACUCUUCCAAUGAUUACUUUAAACCUUUCUGUUUAAAAUUAACGAAUAUUGAUAAAAUCCCCUUUGUGUGUUUAUGUAUUCUGUGAUUUUUAAAUUUUUAUUUCUGUGUGAUAGUAAUAACUAAAGUAACAUAUUUUAACAGAAAUCAUCUUAACCAUAAAGGGCCUUUAAAAUAUGAGUUUAACUGGUCUGGAGUCUGAUAAAUAUAGAGGGUAAGUAUAAUGAUGAACAGCAUUUUGUUUCUAAUAAAUAAACGUUUUUGUUUUGUUAUGCCUCCUUUCUUUCAACAGAAAUAUUUGAUUUGCAAAACAAGUAUUCCUGAAUGUUCACAUUAGAAAACCAGAUAAGUUUAGCCAAAUUAAAGAAAAUAAAGUUAAGUAAGUAUGUGAGUUUGGAAGGCACUCAGGAGCUACUGUACCCUUUUUGUUAGUGCUUGCUUUGUUUGUUUCAAAAAAGUAGAGGGUCAGUUCUUCUACCUCCCUCUGCAGCGCUGAAAGCAUGACUACAAAAAGUAAAGCAAACAAUAAACAAAAGGAGCAGGUACCUAAUUGACAGAAUAAUUUUCAUUAUAAUUUCUUUUAAAAAGCUUCAUUCAAAAGUAUUUUGCAAAGAAAUUACACAGAACACAAAAGGAUCCUGAAAUCUCUGUAGUAACAAAAUGUGUAUUAUUUCAAGACUCCUGUUCUAAAGAAAAGUUUCAACACUAGAUCGCCCACUGCAUCUUUGCUGAGCUAUUGGCAAAAAAAUAAUUUUCUUAUUAGUAAAGCAGCUUGAGCACAAAGAUAGACAUAUUUUCUCCUUUGCAGACUGUAGUGUUUUCUCACCAGCAAGCUCUCUAGUCCACUAGAAAAGCAACAGAUAUUUUAGGAAAUUCAUGCAGCCUUGUUGAAAUCUUUUUCACAACAUAUGUAGAGAGGGUGGGUGUCCAGAGGUGGAAUAACUAUGUGGCACUUAGGCUCUGACAAGAAUUUCAAAGGAAUUGUUGCACGUGGCUUUGAAAGUGUUGGAGUAGUGUGAGAGUUCCCUUUGUAAUGCUGCUGCAGGAAUUUAGACACACCCUAGUCUUUCUGCAAAAGUGCAUUAGCUUGUCACUUGGGCUCUCCUUGUCUGUGUUGAACCACAUUAACAAGCAUAUCUCAGCUUUUGAGGGAGCAAAAACCUCUCCAACCAGAAGAGUUAUUAGACAGAUUGUGGUCUCCUGUUUCUUGAAGAGAUUCAUCACCAAAGUGUGACUCACCUCAAAAUGAAGAUGCAGAAAAGUAGACGUGCAUUUAGAUGUCUCCAUGUGGUUGGGAUGUCUAAACUGUGAAACACUCAAAAAGUACCUUAAUGUUUUGGCCUGAGUUUCCAGCUGCUACCCCAAAAGACUGCACCUCUGUAGGUCUUGUGUCACAUUUUCUUUCUUCAUAUAGGUGCUUCUGAUACUGUGAAGCAUCUUUAGUGACACUGUCACUAAAUGUGUCUGCAUAGGCAAUUGAAGCAAACCAUGAUGAGAGUAUGAGCUUAGAAAUGUAGCUCACUGACAUGACCAUCCACUUAGGUGUCAUAAUGUGAGAACUAAAUCCUACUCAUGGUAUCUUCUCUGUUGCUAGAAGUAGGAAAUCCUAGGGUUAAGUCCAUUCGCUUCAGACAAUAUCUGCCCUUAUCCAGUAACUGUUAGAUGUGACUUGAGUAAACAUCACUGUCUUUAGUUUUAAAAUAAAAUGGGGUGACUGAGCCAUUCCCUGGAGGUGCCUGUUCUGGAUGAGGGUUUGCGACCUGGUUGAAAGAAACUUUCCUUCAGCUUGGAGGUUAACUAAAUCUUAAAGGAUUUACUAAAUAGGUAAGUUGACAUCUAGCUUUUACAUAUCUGGCCUCCACAGAGGAAUCACAAAGCCAAAGAAAGCAACUAUGGUCUUUGCCGAGUAGAGACCAUUAGAUGUCUCAAAAGAACAAUCUCGAAGUCCCAUGUGCAGAACAUAAUGUGUCAUAGACCUGAAGAAUAGGAAGCACUAAAAAAAGAACUUGGUCAGAUUCAUUAUCGCUCCCUGGAGUUACCUGAGUUACCCUUACUGUUUUAGAAAUAACAGUUCAAGGAUAUUUCCUUUGUCUUCCUUUUGGUAAAUACGUGUACUUUAGAAUUCAGCAAAACUCUAAUGUUCUGUGCAUGCAAAUUGUUCAGGCUUUUAUGUAUAUACACACUUACACAUAUGGUUGAAUUAUAUAUUUAUAUGGUUGAAUUAGCAGUGCUUAUUAAUUAGUAGCCUAAUAAAAGUUUAUGAUUUUGGCAAUUUUUUACUCUGCCACAUUCUUAGC